GUAGCCUGUAUUGUUUCAGUAGCCUAUGUUUAUGUUUCAGAACAUGUUUCUCAUAGCCUACAUAAAUAUUAAAAUGCAUAGAAGAACACAUGAUCUAAAAUGCGUUUGCUAGAUGGGACCACUGGAGGGUAGGCUUACCUGCGCCAGCUGUGGACGAAGAACAGCUGGCUCGGGUUACAGCAACGCAGCAGACAAUGUGGGUUGGACUAUGAACGUACCAAAAUAACUUGCUUUACUCAAAACGCAUUGACUGAAUGCCUCAACUUAAUACCUCCUUAAACAGUUUCUAAAGACAAAGAGGGAUUGUUCCUCCUUCAGAAAACUGUCGUCUUUCGGGUGAAGAUCGGCUGUUGUUUGUACGAAGACGGCAGGUUUUGGGGGGAGCCAGACGCCACCACUUAGCCAUGAGCUCACACAGUAGCUAUGGAAGCAAUAUGCUGUUCCAGACCAUGAAUGAAGACCUGAAUGCAUCCCUGGCCACAGCGGAUGAGCUGUCCAGAGAAUUUAACUCUCUCCUGCAGGACGUCACUCCUAGUGACCCACCAGUGUAUAAGUCUGUCAGUCAGUCCAGUUCCUCCAGCCCCACCCCUGCCGUCUACAGCCCCACCCCUGCCGUCUACAGCCCCACCCCUGCCAUCUCCAGCCCCACCCCUGCCAUCUACAGCCCCCCCCCUGCCGUCUACAGCCCCACCCCUGCCGUCUACAGCCCCACCCCUGCCGUCUACAGCCCCACCCCUUCCGUCUCCAGCUCCACCUUCAGAGAGGCGAGUGUUGGCGGUGGCACCAAUAGCACCUUGAUGCCCUACUCUACCAACUCUGGCUCCCGGGACUCCCUCAACUCCAGCACCAGGAACAGGCCCUCGUCCCCCAUGUUCCCCCCCCACCAGCUCACUCCCCCUCAGGUCCGUAGAGACAGCUACUCCACCUCCCCUCGCCCUGGCUCGGACUCUGCCUACUCCUAUGGUCGGAUGACCCCUCCCAACCUAUCCCCUCACACCCAGAGGCGCAAGCAGCCUCACAGCAGGAGCCCCUCCAGCUCUCUCAGUUACAUGGAAACAGGCUCCUCCUCCUCCAUCGCCAAAAUUCCCUCCUAUGAACAAUCAUAUCGGACCACGGCACACCCCUCCCCCACUCUGUUGGCCCCGUAUGACCCCUCCCAAAUGGGACGCAGGUCGCCGCAGCCGGACAGAAGCCCUUCCCCUAGUUGCUUCAGCCAAUCAGCAUCCAGCACUCUGCCCCGGAACUUUAUCCCAUUCAAAUCGGCUGAUGAUAACUUGCAUAGGCCAAAGAACCCUGCCAAGUGGAAUGAGACAGAUCUGGACAUGUCAUAUGAGAAGAAAACACACCACACCUAUGAUAAGGCUGAGUGGAUGAGGCCGUUGGUGCCAAACAGUAACUGGAGAGAGUCCAACCUCGACGGCCCUCCCCUCUCCUCGAAAAAGGAAGCCCUUCCUUUCUCCCCCCACGGACCCUACGCGUCUCUCCCACGCAACACCCGUAUCUCGGUCCCCCCAGACCACGCCUCCCCCACCCAGUCUCCCUACCACCCCCCGCCCAUCAUCUCCCGUAUCUCCAUCCCCCCCAUGGCUCCCCAGUCCCGGCCACGCCGGCCCAUCCCCCUGUCCGUCAUCAUGAGGCUGCAGAACCCCCACUGGGCCUCAGCCCCCACACACCACCCCAGAGCCAUGGAGGGCGUGGCUGACACGGGCCUCUACCGGCAGCUCCAGUCUGCGUUCCAGUCUCAGUUCCAUCCCCAGGCCCAGCCCCUGCCCCAGCCUCUGCCACGAGAGUACCUCCAGCAGCUCCAGCCUCGGCCCCAGCCUCCAGAGCAGAGGCAGCCAGCGUACUACGGAGAAGUGCUGAACCCUGGGGAUGUGGACGCUGAGUUGGAGAGGCUGGAUUCUCAGCAGCAGCCCACAGUUUCAGCCCCUCCCGUCUCGGAGGGUGGGGUCACGGCCCCCGCCCCCCGGCCUCUCAGCCCCACGCGGCUGCAGCCGGUGGUGGACCAUGAGGCCCAUCCCCAGGACCAGGUGAUCCCAGACCUGGAGGAGCUGCUCCGCAUCCGGGCCGAGAUCCCCCGCGCCCUGAAGAGGCGGGGCUCCAUGGACCCGUCCCAGCCCCUGAAGAAGCCCAGCGUCCAGCUCCCCACCCAGUACAAGCAGAUCAUCAACAAGCUGUUCCACAGGAAGCACCUCCACCUCAAGGGGGAGCUGGGGAGCGAGAACAGCAGCUCGUCCGAGGGAGAGGAGAGCUCCAGCCCCUCGUCCCCGGAUCCAGCCCCCAUCACCAGCACCCCCAUCCCUGCAGAAUACAGGGGUUACCAUUCGAUUCUGCGACGCUCCAGUCGUGAGCAUAAGAGCUCCGGUCGCAGAGCCCGGCUAAGCCCCCUGGUCCUCCUGCUGGACGGGUCCCUGGUGGGAGAACUGGAGACAGUGCAGCGGGCUGUGCAGGAGAUGAGUGAUCCCAGCCAGCCUAACGACGAGGGCAUCACUGCCCUCCACAACGCCAUCUGCGGAGGGCACUACAGUGUGGUGGACUUCCUGGUCCGCAUCGGCGCCAACGUCAGCGCUCCUGACAGCCACGGAUGGACCCCCCUGCACUGCUCCGCUUCCUGUAACGACCGGCCUCUGUGCGAGUUCCUGGUGAGGAACGGUGCGGCCGUCAUGGCCGUCACGGAGAGCGACGGAGCGUUCUCCUCGCAGAAGUGUGACCCCUACGCUGUGGGCUUCGAGGAGUGUGAGAGCUUCCUGAGGGGUGUGGAGGAGGCCAUGGGUGUGGAGAACAGUGGGGUGGUGUACGCCCUGUGGGGCUACUCCUCCCAGGCUCCAGACGAGCUGAGUUUCAAGGAGGGAGACAUGGUGACCAUCCUGCAGAAGCCCGAGGGGGUGGACUGGUGGUGGGCCUCCCUCUGCGGCCGAGAGGGCUUCAUCCCAAACAACUACUUUGGGCUCUUCCCCAAAGUUCGUCCUAAAUCGCUCUGCUAGUUCAGCGAGGGGAUGUUGCUGAAGAAGAGCUCUACCUGUCGCCGAAGAUAACCUUAUCAACAGCAUAUACGCCUAAUCAGAUAGAAAUAUUCUGGUUAUCUUUUUGUUUUCUUGUAGGCCAUGGUACAGGCAUGUCUUUAUCAAGCUGUAACUGGUGAGCCAGGGGGGACUGUUUGUUUCGAGGGCCAUUGCCUCCCAGCUGCCGAUACACAACUGAAAUGACUCUCUGGAGAGCUCUGUGUGUUUGGAUGCCCCUUGGGAGCAGCAUUAUUCCUUUCUGUCUGGUCUACAGUGCUGGGUUUGUAUCUGCUCCUUUGAUUGGUCCUCAGCAACCGUUAGUGGCAGUAUCUCCUUAUUUGAUUGGUCCUCAGUAACCGUUUAUGACAUAAGGGGUGUUGGAGUAAUCUACUCUUGGGGUUACACGUUUUAUAAUGUGCCUUAUUUCUUUUGAACGUUUCAGACUGAUUACCCUUCAUUGCUUAUUGGUAGUGACUGACGUUGCUUGACUUCAUGAAAGAGUAUUAUACUUCUGUUAACUUGGAAUAAUUGCUUAGUUUUCAGAAAAGAAUAACUAUAUAUUAUAUGAUCAAAUAACUAGGACAAUUAUAACCGCGGUGUCAAUCUUAAUUUUAAAUCUGCUUCUUUGUCAUAGACUUCAUCAGAGAGAGUCUGGUGAGGUACCUCCUUAUAGUAAAAAUCAUCUGUUGGUGGAUUUGUGUUUUGGUGUGUGUGUAUGUAUGUGUGUGUGUGUUUCUAAGAAUUUAGUUGAACGGGAUUUUGCAUGACAAAAAUGUUACACAUUGAAUAAAACAUUUGGUGAAAUGUAAAACUGUAUAUGGUGCAUCUGAAAUAAAGCCAGGUUGUGGUCCUUUGCGAUU